AUGAUUGUCAGCAUCUACGGGGGCCUGCGGUAUGACUCAGCCACAGCGAAAUGGGAGGACGACACCCUCAUCUCCGAGGAGCGAUAUGUGAUGUGUAAUUUGAAAGGGUUGGUGGGUUUCACAGGUUGUGGCCACGCGGGUGUGGUCAACAUAUGCCGUGAUGCUCUGAAACUCGGCUAG